GAUGACCCAUUUCCCUAUAAGCUCUUGCAGAUAAUGCAAUAGCAAAACCACACAGAAAGUGACCCCCGGGAAUCAAAAGUUAAAACCAAUGGCACAGCAUAGCACAGUGCACAGUGCACAGUGUUAUUUACUACAUGGCAUAGCACUGGCAUAACAGUUUAGGGAGAGAGAGAGAGAAACAAGUGUAAAAAGAGAGAAAGUUAGGGGGAAAGAGAUAGAGAGAGGAGAGCGUGUUCAGAGUUUGCAGGUUUGUAGCAGAAAUGGUGGCAGAUGGUUUUAACUUUAUGUGUGAAAUAAUUUUCUUCUAUCUCUCUUCUCUUUUCUGUCUCUAUCUCUCUCUCUAUCUAUCUUCUUUUUUCUUCUUCCUGCAUCUUGUUUAGAGAGUGAUGUUUGUGAUGUGAUGGCACAGCCAAAGCUGUGAGCUUGUUCUGUUACAUGGAAAUCCAACCCUUGUUGUAAUCACAUGAAAGAGCUAGAGGGUAUGAGGAGUACACAGAGGACUAAUCUCAAACAAAACUCACUUUACUUAACUUUUAUGUGAGGCCAUAGUUGAGUGGUGCUCACUGUCACUGAUAUUGUUAAAGCAUAAGACCCUUUUUCUUGUUUAGUUUUGGUUCCUUGUGCAUGAGCAAGAGCUUUUGGAAGGAGCUUGGUGGUGGUUGUUGAGUGGUUUCAUGGUUAGGUUGAUGUGAGGUUGAAGUCCUGCAGUUGCAGCUAUGGCAUUUCGAUUUGGGGUCCUUAUUUUGGCUUUGCUGAUUUGUUUGAAUGUCAAUUCUGGGGAAUCAGAUGAUGGGGCAACGUUGUUGGAGAUAAAGAAGUCAUUCAGGGAUGUGGAUAAUGUUCUCUAUGAUUGGACAGACUCACCAUCAUCCGAUUAUUGUGCCUGGAGAGGAAUCGCAUGUGAUAAUGUCACCUUUAAUAUUGUUGCACUCAAUCUUUCAGGGUUGAAUCUUGAUGGCGAAAUUUCACCUGCAAUAGGGAACCUUCAGAGUUUGGUCUCUAUUGACCUCCGAGAAAACAGGUUAUCAGGGCAGAUACCGGAUGAGAUUGGUGACUGUUCUUCUUUAAAGAGUUUGGACUUGUCAUUUAAUGAAAUUAGAGGGGAUAUACCAUUUUCCAUUUCUAAGUUGAAACAACUGGAGAAUCUGAUUUUGAAAAAUAACCAGUUGAUUGGACCAAUUCCUUCAACAUUGUCUCAGAUUCCUAAUUUGAAGAUUCUAGACCUGGCUCAAAAUAAUCUUAGCGGUGAAAUACCAAGGCUUAUAUAUUGGAAUGAAGUUUUGCAAUAUCUGGGCUUGAGAGGGAACAAUUUGGUUGGUUCACUAUCACCAGACAUGUGCCAGUUAACUGGGUUGUGGUAUUUUGAUGUGAGAAACAAUAGCUUGACAGGAAGUAUUCCAGAGAACAUAGGCAACUGUACUGCCUUCCAGGUCUUGGAUUUAUCUUACAACCAGCUAACUGGAGAGAUACCUUUUAAUAUUGGAUUCUUGCAAGUAGCAACUUUGUCAUUGCAAGGCAAUAAACUCUCUGGACAUAUUCCAUCGGUGAUUGGCCUCAUGCAAGCACUUGCUGUCUUAGACUUAAGUUGUAACAUGUUGAAUGGACCAAUCCCUCCUAUUUUGGGAAAUCUGACCUACACAGAAAAAUUGUACUUGCAUGGAAACAAGCUGACUGGCUUCAUACCUCCAGAGCUUGGAAAUAUGACAAAGCUUCACUAUUUGGAACUGAAUGAUAACCAUUUAAGUGGACAUAUCCCCCCUGAGCUUGGAAAGCUUACUGAUCUGUUUGACUUAAAUGUUGCUAACAACAAUCUUGUGGGGCCAAUUCCUAGUAAUAUUAGCUCUUGUAAAAAUCUCAACAGCCUCAAUGUGCAUGGGAACAAUUUGAAUGGAACAAUUCCCCCUGCUUUGCAGAGCUUGGAGAGCAUGACGUCUUUGAAUCUUUCUUCCAACAACCUUCAGGGCGCAAUUCCUAUUGAACUGUCACGGAUUGGAAAUUUGGAUACAUUGGAUAUUUCAAACAAUAAUUUAGUUGGUUCCAUCCCUUCUUCCCUUGGUGACUUGGAACAUCUUCUGAAGUUGAAUCUGAGCAGAAACAAUUUAACAGGAGUUAUUCCAGCAGAAUUUGGAAAUCUUAGAAGUGUUAUGGAAAUUGAUCUCUCAAAUAAUCAACUCUCUGGCUUGAUUCCUGAAGAGCUUAGUCAGCUUCAGAACAUGAUAUCCUUGAGACUUGAAAGAAACAAACUAACUGGUGAUGUGGCAUCACUUUCAAAUUGCCUUAGUCUCUCUCUGCUUAAUGUGUCUUAUAACAAAUUAUUUGGUGUUAUCCCCACGAGUAACAACUUUACCAGGUUUCCCCCUGACAGUUUCAUUGGAAACCCUGGUCUUUGUGGUAAUUGGCUGAAUUUGCCGUGUCAUGGUUCUCACCCUUCGGAGCGAGUUACAUUAUCUAAGGCUGCCAUUCUUGGAAUUACUCUUGGUGCCCUUGUGAUUCUUCUUAUGGUAUUGCUGGCUGCUUGCCGACCGCACAAUCCAUCUCCUUUUUCUGAUGGAUCACUUGACAAACCAGUUAAUUACUCCCCUCCAAAACUUGUGAUUCUUAAUAUGAAUAUGGCACUUCAUGUGUAUGAAGAUAUCAUGAGGAUGACAGAAAACCUGAGUGAGAAGUAUAUAAUUGGAUAUGGUGCAUCAAGUACAGUUUAUAAAUGUGUUCUUAAGAAUUGCAAGCCAGUGGCUAUCAAGAGGAUCUAUUCUCACUAUCCCCAAUGCAUUAAAGAAUUUGAAACUGAACUCAAGACAGUUGGCAGCAUUAAGCACCGGAAUCUGGUCAGUCUCCAAGGCUACUCGUUGUCUCCAUAUGGCCACCUUCUGUUUUAUGACUACAUGGAAAAUGGCAGUCUAUGGGAUCUUCUUCAUGGACCUACGAAGAAGAAAAAACUUGACUGGAUUCUGCGUCUAAAAAUAGCACUUGGAGCAGCACAAGGGCUUGCUUAUCUACACCAUGAUUGCAGUCCUCGAAUCAUCCACAGGGAUGUGAAAUCAUCUAACAUUUUAUUAGAUGCAGAUUUUGAGCCCCAUCUCACUGAUUUUGGCAUUGCCAAAAGUCUCUGCCCCACAAAGUCCCACACUUCUACUUACAUAAUGGGCACAAUUGGCUACAUAGACCCUGAGUAUGCUAGAACUUCUCGACUCACUGAGAAGUCUGAUGUGUACAGUUAUGGUAUCGUUUUACUUGAGUUGCUAACUGGAAGGAAAGCUGUUGACAAUGAAUCCAACCUCCACCAUCUGAUUUUGUCCAAGGCAGCAACCAAUGCUGUAAUGGAAACAGUUGAUCCAGACAUUACUGCUACAUGCAAGGACUUAGGAGCUGUGAAAAAGGUUUAUCAGCUUGCUCUACUAUGCACAAAAAGACAGCCAGCUGAUAGGCCUACAAUGCAUGAAGUGACACGUGUACUCGGAAGCCUCAUGCCAUCUAGCACCCCACCGAAACAACCAGAAGCACUGCCACCUUCCAAUCCAUCAGCCAAAGUGCCAUGCUACAUGGACGAAUAUGCAAAUCUCAAGACUCCACACUUGGUGAACUGCCCCUCAAUGAGCACCUCAGAUGCACAACUCUUCCUCAAGUUUGGAGAGGUAAUCUCUCAAAACAGUGAGUGAGGAUUUUGAAAAUCAACUCUAGGAAUCAUGUAUAUUAAAAUCCAAAAUGAGCAAAAAAAGAAAAAAAAAAUGGAUGAGGCAAAACUGGUGGGGGGGUGGGGUUGUAAAAGUUAAUGAAAAAUGUUGAUAAAAGUUUUAGUACUAGUUUUUUAGUGUUGUUUUGAACAGGAAAGAUAUGUAUCACAAUUUGAAAGGUGAAGUAAGGCAAUUCUUGUACUUGGUUGUUUGGUAGCACACAAGGUUGCAGUAGUAAAAGUUAAGGGUCUGGGGCCAAUGUGCAGGGUGGGGUAGCUAUGGUCUUAAUGGUAGGGGAAAGCAGUUAGCAGUGCAUAAUGUGUGAGGAGCAAUAAUGCACUGAUUUCUUAGCUGGCCUGGGAUCAGAAAUCUGUCUGAAUGCUGGCAUUGUUGUGCAGAGUAUCCAUUACCUCUUUUACUGCCUCAUGCCAUUUGCUCAGUAAAGUGCUAUGAAAUUAUGUCAUCAAAUUUUGGGUCAUUUGGACUCACACAGGGA